AGCCAACCGCCUUCAGCACUUAACAACCUCUUUUGGGCGUGGCUAUCCAUAGCAUGUUGUGAGAUAGUUUUGUUUAGGAUUUUAAAGAAAAGCACGGAGAGAUAUAAGCGAGGCCGCGAUCCGUUUUUAGGAAUGGAUGCUACUCAGGCAAUCUGUGACUCGAUAUUGGAGUCAGAUGAUGAAGGAAAGGAGGAGAAACAAAGUGAGGAAGAGCGACUACUGGCCAAACUGUGCAUCUUGAAAAAUCCACACAUCCCCGAGGCUGAGUUGCCCCUCACUUUGGGAGAUAAUAUUUUGGGACGUGAUCACAACACCUGCACUGUGCCUUUGGCCGCCCCCUCAGUGUCCAAACAACAUGCCACCAUUUCUAUCUCGGCCUACCGGAGGAAAGGUUGCCGGGGCGAAUUCGACGUGGAAGUUUUGGUUUGGGACCUUGGGAGCAUGAAUGGGACCCGUAAAGGUCACUUGAAGCUGACCCCCCAUGUACGUUAUGCUCUCACCGAAGGCGACAGCUUGGUGGUAGCUGACAUCCCAUGUCAGUAUGUUAGCUGUUCUGCAGACUCAGCCUCUUCUCAGAAUGACACGAGGACCCCAGAGAGCAGAAAAUCCAAAGUGAAGACUACACUACACGAUGCUUCAGGGGGAAAGGGGGGCACCUCAAGCACUGGUAACAAGGACUGUGUCAAUGGAGGUGCAAACACAAGGGUGUCAUUUGGGAAGACUCCUGUCGGAGGUACUUGUCUUUCUUUUGAGCAAACUCCAACUCAGCCAGAAGGGACUUUGGUACCAGAAUCUGAUUCAGAUUCAGAUGGUGAAAAAGAGAAGGGAGGACACAGAAAAUGGACACAUUUGGCAUCUGAUUCUGACUCUCACAAGUUGAGUUUCAACUCUACAACAUUUUUAAGCCCUGCAAGCAGGAUCGUCCCUGAAAGUGAAGAUGAAAGUUCCAGCACACCGUCCUCCUCCACUGCAGGUAGACGCGACAGCCGACAGCAGCCGGAGACAAAAAGGUCACCUGGAAUUUUGGAAAGCUUUGGGACCACUUUUGAGGAUGAUAAACAAAAUGUGAUGCAUGAUAGCAGUGUGGAGGGAGACGCUGAACAGCCUGUAUCUGCACCUGGACUCUCCAGAGAUGCUUUCCCUGCUUUUAACAUGGACAGUGAUGUGGAGGAAGAGGUUUCAUCAAAAGAACCCCAAUGCUCAAAUGGAAACCAAGAAGUUGGUCAGCCACCAAACACAGAUUUGUUUUACAUGGAGAGUGAUACAGAUGUCGAUGAAGAUCAAGGGGCUCCCACUAAGGGUCCUGGUACCGACUCCUCCUUUAGUGAUUCUUCCAAGCCCCCACUGGCUCCCUCAGUUAUUCGUCCUGAGGGAGUCACCAUGGACAGUGACACUGAUGUCGACGAUGCUGUGUCAGAAACUGCCGCUGCAACGUUUCAGACCACAAACACAGCCAACUCUGACUUUUUGGCUGAGGCCAGAGAUUUCCACUUGGACAGUGACACAGAUGUUGAUGAAGAGGAGGGGUGUGAAACAAACGGCAAAUACUCCCCACCAAAUAUAAAGCUUGAAUCUGCCCCUCACAGCCUCUGUGUAAAGACAGACCCUGCAGAUAAAGAAGCUGUUUUUAACUCCGGUGUCACUGAAACGUCAGCAUGCUCUGCCGCAGACGCAGGAACUCAUUUGGAUAUGCUGUCAGACAGCGACACAGAUGUUGAAGAAACUUCUGCAAUGGCAUCUGGUGCUGUCACAAACCCAUCAGCAUCCAAAGAACCGGGUACGAAGGCAGCUCCUCAGUCAGAUUCGGAUGCAGACACAGAUGUCGAUGAAAGCAGCAUGUCAAAUGCGGGGAAAGGAGUCAUACCGAAUGACCUUGGAGCAGACAGUAGUGAUGGAAAAGAGAACCCCAUUCCAGGUCUGCAGAGAGAAAAUACCCCAGGGCUGCAGCUUCCUCUUCUGCACAACUGCUCCACUCCUGUCCAAAUAUCAGCUGUUGCAUCUUCUGCUGUGAGGCCUUUUGCUCUGUCACCCUGCUCAGACAGCCAGGAGGAUGAAGACCUGGAAGUAGCUGAGACCCAGUUCUUUGCCUUUCAGACAGGGGACGCUCAGUCUUCUACUAGCAAAACAGAUGAGCGCUCCAGCAAAGGAGACUCCUUCCAGCUUGGACUGUCUGACAGCAGCCAUCUGCAAUGUCAGGGCACAGCUGGGACCAUGGAAAGCACCCAAGCUUUUGUCUUCACAGAAGGAGCCCCACAUCUGGAAGACACCCAGGUGUAUGCAGCUGGUGCUGCUGCAGGGAGAGUUUACGCAGGUGAUGAGUCAAACAUGGAGGCCACACAGGUCUAUGGAGAAGAGGAGGAGCCUGUUCAGUGCUCAGAAGUGCCUGAAAAAACAGAUGUAGCUUUUGAGGCAACACAGGCUUACAUUUCAGAUGGAGAUGUUGGAGCUGCUUUAUCUAAUGUUGCAGAGGCUGAAACUCAGUUAGUGCCCUUCUCUGUGACAGAGACGAGUUUGGAAACAACUAAACUGGCUUACUCUGCACGAGAAGCUGCAGGAAAUGAAAAGGCGAGGAGAGUGGAAAAUGCUUGCCCUCAGGAGCAUCUCACUGAAUCUCCGCCUAUAGCUGAAACUCAGCCCAUGUGUGCUAGUGAGUACGAGGAGAGCGAAGAAGAGGUGCUGCUCCCAGGUCUGCUGAAAAGACGAGAAACACCCCAUCAGACAACUCCUCCAUAUUCUUCCUCAUUAUCACUGUCUGAAACUCAGCCUUUGGCUGCGGAUGACAAUCUGCAGUUGGAUUUAUGUGACGAUCAUGAAAGUGGUGAAGGUUUUAGGAUUUGUGCUCAAACAAGUGAAGCACAGCAGCAGCAUGCUGACAACGAUGAAACACACAGACUCACAAACAUUGAAGUUUCAUCAAGUGCUGAGACCCAGCUAUAUUCUGUAAAUGAGGAUGAUGAUGAUGCAGACUCUGCACCAGGACUGCGAAGAAGAAAAGCGAAACCUCUGCAAUUUGAUGAAUCCCCCGCUGUUGAAACUCAGCCCUUGGAGGAACAUGACGGCGAGCUAAGCAACAAAGAAGACUCUAUUUCCUGCUUUCGAAAACAGAAAGAAAAUCCGCUGCAGCCGGAGGAGGAGAGCACUCAGUCACUCGUUAGUUUUCAAGCUGCUGCCAUCCACUCUUUGUCAGCAGGGACUGAGUUAGACCAGGGAAGUGAUGAUGAGGUAUCAGCGCCCAUUCUUCGAAAACGGAAAGCAAAGCAGCUUCAUAUUGAAGAAGAAGAAACACAGCAGCUCGCCAACUCUUCUGAGACCCAGUCGGCUGCUACAGGUGAGGAUGGCGAUGAAGACUUUAUGCCAGGACUGCGAAGAAGAAAAGCAAAACCUCUCCAGAUUGAAGACGAAUCCCAGUCCCUGCCGGCGUCUGAGGCCGCUGCUGUUGAAACUCAGCCCAUGGUGAUGAGUGAAGAGGCAGCUUGGGCUGAUCAGAGCUCAAUUUCAGGCCAAAGGGGGGGGGAAACAAAGCAGCUUCAUGUAGAGGAUGAUCAGGAAGACUCUGAGGUUAAAGCUCCUUUAACGUUAGUAACUUAUGGAGACAAAGUCCUGGAUAAAGAAGGAAUUAAGUCAGUAUUAAGAGAAAAAGAAGAUGCAGAUGUAUUACUUAGUCCUGUAAGACAGACAACGAUGGAAAACCAAAUCCCUACGGGUACCACAGAGGAAAGAGGAAGAGUUAAAUCUAGUGACUGCAAAACUGAGGAAGAGGAGAAGCAUGCUGAGCAGAUGAGAGGAAGAAAAACUGUGAGGCAGGAGGAAGAUGAGGAUGAAGAGCAGCAAAGAAAGAGUGCAGAGCAGAAGAAACUACAAGAGGAAAUUGAUGCUACAGGGCUCAGAAAAGAAGAGACUGAAAAGGAGAAGAGGGAGACAUGUGACAUGGAAAUGGAACGGGAGAAGACGGAGAAGCAUCAGGAGGAGAAAAAAGAGGAAAUUAAGGAUGAAGGUGCAGAGAGACUUAAACUAGAAAAGGACAGACAAAAACCUGUGGAGAUGGCAGAGAUAGAACCUCAAGAGGAAAUUGAGAAGAAGGAUGAAGUGCAGGAACAUCAAGCAACAACUAAAAGAAAUAAAACCAAUCAAGAAAAGGAGAGUAGAGAUGAAGGAGCCGAACUUAAAGUUCCUCCCAGAGGUCGCAGGGCAGCUAGAAAAACUCUCGCAACGAACCAAGACUCAACUCUAUCAAACAACGACGACUUCCCUGCACGGAGAACCAGAUCCCGCUCAAACUCCUCCAACUCUGUCUGCUCAGAUAAGUCCAUUUCAAGUCUGGUCAGCCAAGAGGGCAAAGGAAGAGGCCGAGGGAGGGGGGCAAAAGGAAGCCGGGAGGCAGCUGCUGUGGGAAACAGAAGCAGCCGAAGGAUCACAGCAGCUGCGAGGCAGACAGAGCAGCCCCAUUCCAGUUUAGACCCCUCCAGCUCCAUCAACUAUGAGAGGUCCAGUGUGAGUUCUGUAAACAGAGGAAGAGGAGGUAGGCAGCGAGGGAAAGGAAGGAGAACAGAGCCUGAACCAGAAAUCACAGCUUCUACCAUGAACAAGAGGAGCAGCAGACGCAGCAAAGCCCAGGAAUCCUCGAGAGAGCUUCUCCAGGAGGGUGAUGUAGAUGGAACAGGCGCCCCACCAGCUGGUACCAGUAGGGGGCAGCAACAAGCCAAUACUAGUGAACUAGAGCCUGCAGUCUUAAACCAUGAAAGGCAAUCAGAGCAAGAAGAAACUAUCCUUGAAAAAUCACCCGAACCUAAAAGAAAUGUCAGAGGCAGAGGUAAAAAAACGGCAAAGACUGAAACUUUGGAGAAGCCAGAACCUCCUGCAAUCACUGAUGUCAAUGAGGUCAGAAACAAAAGAAAAGGACGGAAAAGUGAAUUGGAGGUGAAUGCUGAAGAGCAACCUCCAAAAGUUUCCAAAGGGAAUGUUGAAGCUAAAAAAACUGAAAUACGUGCAGGAAGAGGGAAGGACAAAAUUCCUGAAGUGAUUCCUGCCAUUGACCAGGUGAGGAGAACUGGAAGAGCAUCCUGCCCUCCUGUGAAGAAAAAUGCAAAAGAAGCUUUGCUUGAAGGACAAGGUGCUGAAGAGGUGGGAGUGGAAACCAGCAAGAGGAGAGCUGGAGGUCGAAGAUCAGCGACUCAAGGAAACAAGAAAGAGGUUCUGGAAGACCAAACGGCAUCAGAAAAUGUGGGAACAUCACAGCUUGAGCAGCCCCAGACUCCCAAAAGUCGUCCCUCCCGAAAGCGGCAAGCGUCUGCAGACUCCCCCACUCUGGCAAAGACUCCCCGCUCCUCGUCUGGCUCCCCCGCGAUAGGUGAACGACGGCGAGCUGGAAGCCAGGCCUAUAAGGUGCUGUUCACAGGGGUGGUGGAUGAAGCUGGGGAGCGGGUGCUUGCUCGUCUAGGGGGCAGCAUGGCCAAAGGCGUGGCAGACAUGAACUGUCUGGUGACGGAUAAAGUCCGAAGGACGGUCAAGUUCUUGUGCGCCUUAGCCAAAGGUGUUCCUGUCGUCACCACAGAAUGGCUAGAGAAGAGUGGAAAAGCUGGAACGUUCCUUUCUCCGGCUCCUUUUCUUGUGAAGGAUCCCGAUCAGGAGACGAAGUUCAGCUUCAGUCUGGAGGAGUCGCUGAAGGCAGCAGGCCGUCAGUCUCUCUUAGAGGGAUACAAGAUCCAUGUGACAAAGUCUGUGAAGCCAGAGCCACCUCACAUGAAAGACAUCAUUUCCUCCAGUGGAGCCACUUUUCUACCAAAGAUGCCAACGUCCCAUAAGCCUCAGACUGUAGUGAUUUCCUGUGAGGAGGACUGGCAGCUGUGUGGCCCCGCUGUGUCUGCGUCCCUCCCCAUCGUCACUUCAGAGUUCAUCCUCACAGGGAUCCUGCAGCAGAAGCUUGAUUUUCAGACACAUGUGCUUCCUCCUCCUGCAGAGGGCAGAGGCAGGAGGAAGACUUAGGACAUGUCCCUUAGAUCAGUCUAACCUCAAAUAACAGGUUUGCCCAUCAUGUGUGGAUUAAAGUGGAAGCCUUUCAGGAGGGAAUCAGCCCAUUUUCUGUCUACAAUAUUAAGGAAAGUAUUUUUUUCCUAGAAAGCAGAGACCUAGAAUGUAAUCAGACUGGACGUUUUUAGAUGUGAAAACUUAAAGGUAUAUCAACAAACAUGUUUAAAAAAUAGAAUCAGUCUGAUCUGUUUAUUUUAUGACUUAUGCAUAAUUAAAACCUGCCUUUCUGGACCAACAGACACUGUGAAUGAAGUCAGCCUGCUAGGCUCCAUCAAACUCUACUUUUUCUUAUGCAUUUAGAUCAAAAAGGUUCGGCUAAUUCAAGGCUGAUACGGAUGGAUCUGUUUUGAAAUCCAUCUCCCAAGGUGGUCAAGCAGUAAGAAUAUUUCCUGUUCGGAUAAAAAAAAUUUUGAACACACUCCACCCCCGCCCCCAAGUGUGUUGCCGCUGUCUCCAUUAAGUAGGAGCACUCCAUUAGGGUCUUAUUCAAUCUUGUUAUCUUCACAGAGAGUAAGAUGUGAUAUACUCUGAGGGAUGCUGAUGCUGCUGCUACAUCAAGAUCCUAUCCUGUGUGUCUUUAGCUUUGUGUCCAAUCGGUACUGUCUGAUUGUGCAUAAAAGUUUACAUUUGUCA